UUUUCCUCGCGCACUCUCGAUCACCGUCUUCCUUUUCUCCCCUCUUUCUUUCCCUCUUCCCCUCUUCCCGUCCCUCUGUUUCCUUUCCCUCUCACUCUCUUUUCUUCCUUUCUCUCACUUCGUUUGAACCAAACGGGUCGCUGCGAGAGGACAUACAGAACUUGCGAAGUCCUGGGUGCUUCUGUGUAUCUGGUGGUGGUAGAUAAUGUCGUCCGUUUACGUGCUCGAGCCGCCGACAAAGGGCAAGUUGAUUCUUUACACCACGUACGGGCCACUGGACAUCGAACUCUGGCCUAAAGAGGCCCCAAAGGCCGUCAGGAACUUCGUCCAACUGUGCCUGGAAGGCUAUUACGACAAUACCAUCUUUCACCGUAUUAUCAAGGGCUUCCUCAUACAGGGCGGUGAUCCAACCGGCAGUGGCACCGGUGGUGAAAGCAUAUAUGGAAGUGUUUUUCCUGAUGAGUUCCAUUCACGUCUAAGAUUCAACCACAGGGGAAUUGUUGCAUGCGCAAAUGCUGGUACCCCACAUUCUAAUGGGAGCCAAUUCUUUAUUUCCUUGGAUAAGUGUGAUUGGCUUGAUCGAAAGAGUACCAUUUUUGGAAAGGUGACUGGAGAUUCAAUAUAUAAUCUUUUAACCAUUGGUGAGGUUGAAACUGACAAAGAUGAUUGGCCAUUGGAUCCAGCCCCAAGAAUCAAAUCAAUUGAGGUAUUAUGGAACCCUUUUGAAGAUAUUGUUCCUAGGGGACCCCCUAAGCCCCUAAUCCAAUCUGCAACAGAUACUGAAAAUAAAGAUUUAAAGAAGAAACCUGUGAAAAAGUUGAACUUACUUUCAUUUGGAGAGGAAGCUGAAGAAGAGGAGAAGGAAUUAGCAGCUGUGAAACAAAAGAUUAAGAGUAGUCAUGAUGUAUUGGAUGAUCCUCGUCUCCUAAGGGAACAACAUCCAAGUGAAGAAUUGGACAUGUCCUUGAGCCUUUCUUCAAUGCAGAACUCAGCUGAAGCCAAAGCAACCAGGGAUCUGCAGUUAUCUGUGAGAGGGGCAUUAAGCUCUAAGAAGGACGCAUCAAAGAAAGAUUCAGAUGCUGAACUUUCUAAUAGUGAUGAUGAUGAUGAUGAGGCCAACUUUGAUGCACGAAUGCGCCAACAAAUACUCAGAAGAAGAAUGGACCUGGGAGAUCUCUCAUCUAAGCAAAAGAAAGAUGGAAGCACUAGCCCAACAGGUCGUCAAAUUUCUGUCCCAAGGUAUACUGCUGAAAGCAUUGACGAUGACCAGCCAAGGGUGGAGAAGCUGUCGCUGAAGAAAAAGGGAAUAGGAUCUGAAGCCAGGGCAGAGCGCAUUGCCAAGGCAGAUGUAGAUUUACAGUUAUUCAGUGAAGCUGAACAAGGAAGACUGUUGCAAAAGCAGAAGAAGCGCAGAAUUCAAGGACGUGAGGAUGAGGUUUUAGCAAAACUUGAGAAGUUUAAGAAGGCAAUUUCUGCAAAGGAAGUUGCCGCAAACACCGAGUCCGGAGGUGCCUAUAAAGAGGAUUUGUCUGACUGGAGUAGUGUCCGCCUAAACUUUGAACCUGAACCUGGCAAGGAUCGUAUGUCUCGCAAAGACGACCCAAAUGAUUAUGUUGUGCAUGAUCCCCUUUUGGAGAAAGGAAAAGAGAAAUUCAACCGAAUGCAAGCCAAGCAAAAAAGACGAGAACGAGAAUGGGCUGGCAAAUCUCUCACUUAGUGUCAUCCCUGCAAAUGACGACCAUGAAAUUGAUGAGUUGGUUUAGGUGGGCCGCCUAGUGUUUGCUAUGUGGUUUGAGUGAUCAAAGUGUGGAAAAAAAAUCCCCAUCUUGCCAGCCAAACUUCCAAGAAACUGGGAAGCUGUAGUUGACCAAUAGGCUCCUAGGUUCAUUUCAUUUGUACUAUUACACUGAUUCUCGCCUCCUGUCUAAUUUAUCUCCUGUAGAAGUACAAUUCAUUGUAGAUACCUCUGCUAAAUAUGCCAUGAUCAUAGAGGGUUUUACGAGUCAAA